AUGUCGUCGGCACAGCAAGACCCUCGAAGCGCAAAGGUCACCAGCCUUCCCUCCAUCACUUUCCUCCCUUACUCCGACAGCGACAAGCACCCGAACUGGAACACGGUUCUGAGCUCACACGUCACCGGCCUUUGGCUUCUCUUCCUCAAGAACCCCACCGGCGCAACCUCAGCCAGAGGAUGGGUAAUUGGACUCAUCACAGCAGGCGGCCACGCCCUCCACCUCUACCCCCAGCAGACGUCCGGCUGCCCGACUACCGCUAUCACCUGCACUCCGGCCUGCAGCGAAGCGGACUCCGUCCCCAGCAAGAGCUUUGCAAGGAUGCUUGAAGCAUCCACCCAGCACUUCGGACGCGCGACAAUGCCGGGCGCCAAGGUGGGAUACCUCUUGCUCACGCUGCAGCGGACUGGUAUCAUGAACUACGGACUGCGAGAAGGACGAGGUACCCGUUUCUGGCUCUGUGCCACGAUUUUCGUCCUGCGGCAGUUUAUCAAGGAACCCAGAGGUUUCGAUUUAUUCGGAGAUUGCAUCAUCAAGGAGAUGAGUCUAUGUUCGGUCGACGAAGAGAAGCAGGAGAAGCAGGAGAAGCAGGAGAAGCAGGAGAAGCAGGAGAAGCAGGAGAAGCAGGAGAAGCAGGAAACUCAGGAGGCGCAGAUCACAUCUGCUGUGAUCAGGAAAGGGCAGGCUGUGGUACACAAGUGGUCAAAGCAGGGCAAUAAGGCAUUGAGGGAAUGCCACCAGAGGAUGGAACUUUUCAAGGAUCUGAUGAGAUCGCUAUAG